AUGUAGGAUCGGGACGCUUCUUUUAGUCUAAUCCGUCCUUGGUCAUAUCCUCUCUCAAAUCUUGAGCUCGCAGGAGGGCCGGAGAUGAAAGAGGACUAAAGGACCACCAGCGCUAGCCCGCCCGCCCGUAGCUAUCUGAUCUGGAAACGAACCGGGAUGGCGUCCCUCCUGCUGCUUCUUUUCUGCCUCUUCAUUGUGGGCAAUAAUGCGCAGGAUAGCGUUAUCCCUGCCACGAGUUUCCAUCCCUACAAUCCCACAGACAAUAUCCUUGUCGGCUGCGGCGCCACCUCCGCCACCACGCUCCCCGGCGACCGCGUGUUCCACCCGGACGCCAAAUACUUGUCUUAUGAAGGUACAGAAGUGGUGGCUUCCAUGCCCUCCAAUAAGAAGGAUUUGGGUGCCAUAUAUCGGAAUGCCAAGAUUUUUGAGAACGAUGCAACCUACUCGUUCCCCGUCGCCCAGCCCGGCUGGCACUACCUCCGCCUCCACUUUUUCCCGCUGGAAAACCCGGAUUAUGACCUCAAGUCGGUGACUUUCUCCGUCCAGACAGAUUCCUUAGUCCUCCUCGAAGUUUUUCAGGCCGAGAACGACACCGCAAUCGUCAAGGAGUUUCUCAUCAACGUAACCUCGCCGCAUUUCUCGUUGUACUUCAGGCCCCUCAGCACCGCCGCCUUCAUCAACGCCAUAGAGUUCGUCUCCGCCCCCAGUACCCUCCUCGCCAAUUCCGCCUCCACUCUGUUCCCCGUUUCCGCCCAAUUCGACCUUUCCUCUACCAAUCUCAAGACCUUGUAUCGGCUAAACAUCGGAGGCGGGGUCGUGGAGCCGCACGUUGACAGCCUCGGAAGAACAUGGGAGUCCGACACGCCGUUUCUGGAUCCCAUGCAAAUGGGGACGCCGGUUUCCGUUUCGACCUCGAUCAUCAACUACCCCAAAGGAGGACUCCUCACCCCUGUCAUCGCUCCUCCGGCUGUUUACGCUUCUGCCGUACAAUUGACGGACGCUAAAGUCAUGCAACGUGAUUUCAACAUUACUUGGAGGAUGCCGAUCGACCUUGAGUAUUCCCAUCUUGUUCGUCUCCAUUUUGCGGAUAUUGUCAGCAAAGGGCUAAACCAGCUCUAUUUCAACGUGUACAUCAAUGAAAAAAUGGCGAUUUCCGGGCUAGACUUGUCAUCUAUGGUGUUUAGAUUGGACACCGCUUAUUACAAAGACUUCGUGGUUAAUUCCUCCAUGAUUUCCGAUCCACUCAUGGUUAAAAUUGCUCCGGUGGAGGAUGCUCAGGGCAUUAGAAACGCGAUCUUGAACGGGCUUGAGAUCUUCAGGAUGAACAAUUCCGUGGGUAGCCUGGACGGGGAAUACGGCGUUGAUGGGUCGAGGGCGCAUGUUGGGAUCUCCAGCCGGAACACGGCGGCCGUCUUCGGGUUUGUCAUGAUGUUCGGUGCGUUUAUCGGGCUGGGAGCCAUGGCUAUGAAGUGGCAAAGGAGGCCCCAAGAUUGGCAAAACAGUAAGAGCUUCUCGUCGUGGCUGCUUCCCAUCCAUGCCGGAGAUACAAGCCCUAGGCACAGCAAGAACUGGAUGGGAAAGAGCCAAUUCUUCUCAUCACGAGCAGCGCUGGGCUGGUACUUCUCCUUAGCGGAAUUGCAGGAGGCCACCAGGAAUUGGGACCCCAGUCAAAUCAUCGGAGUCGGAGGAUUCGGCAACGUCUACGUGGGAGUAAUAAACGACGGAACAAAAGUAGCUGUGAAACGUGGGAAUCCGCAUUCCGAACAAGGCAUUCAUGAAUUCCGGACCGAAAUUCAAAUGUUGUCCAAGCUCCGGCACCGGCAUUUGGUCACUCUCAUCGGGUAUUGCGACGAAAACUCGGAGAUGAUCUUGGUUUACGAGUACAUGGCCAACGGACCCUUAAGAGACCAUCUUUACGGCAAGAACUUGAGUCCCCUUUCAUGGAAGCAACGCCUGGAAAUAUGCAUCGGAGCCGCCCGCGGCCUCCACUACCUCCACACCGGCGCCGCCCAGGGGAUCAUCCACCGCGACGUGAAAAGCACCAACAUCUUAUUGGACGAAAACUUCAUCUCCAAAAUGUCCGAUUUCGGGCUCUCUAAAGACGCGCCCACCACGGAGCAAACUCACGUCAGCACCGCCGUGAAGGGGAGUUUCGGGUAUCUGGAUCCUGAAUAUUUCCGAAAACAGCAACUCACCGACAAAUCCGAUGUUUACUCUUUCGGCGUCGUACUCCUCGAAGUCCUGUGCGCCCGACCCGCCAUCAAUCCGCAGUUGCCGAGGGAGCAAGUGAAUUUGGCCGAGUGGGCAUUGCAAUGGAAACGGAAGGGAUUAUUAGACAAGAUCAUUGAUCCAACGUUGGUGGGUCACAUCAACCAAGAAUCCAUGAAGAAAUACGCAGAAGCCGCCGAGAAAUGCCUGGCGGAAUACGGCGUUGAUAGGCCGACAAUGGGCGAUGUCCUCUGGAACCUCGAACAUGCUUUGCAGCUACAAGAAGCCGACAAAGCAUUUUCUCCUACGCGGCCCUCCGCCGCGAUAGCGCCGCCUCUUCCUCCUGCUUCACCCGCCGCCGCCACCCACCCCAUUCCUUUGCCCUCCCCCGCUCAAGCUCAAGACUUUAAUGAUCACUCAGGAACUGAAAUGUUUUCUCAAUUUACUUCUCUCAAUGGACGAUAAUAUAUGUUUGACAUAUUACAUAUAUAUAAUAUAAUGUCACAACAGCAUAGUCCACACCACCUUCAUUAUUUCCCACGCAAAAACAUGCA